CUCUCUGAGAGCACUUUCAUUUCUCAAAGAUCUGCAAAAACCAAUCUCUCUCUCGCUCUCUCUCUCUCUCUCUCUCUCUCUAGCAGAGCCAUGAGCGACCCCAUUGAACCCACAACAUCAUCUUCAUCCUCAACAAGAGACCCAAACCCGAACCCGAAUCCGAAUCCGAAUCCAGUCUCUCUUAUCCACCCGAGACGAGAGCCAUUCGAGCAUGGCCUCCUCCCAAUCCCCAAGCUCAUUAUCACCGACCCGACCCAAACCCUAAUCCCACUCAAACAAACCCUCCUCUCCAACUCACCGAAUCUCCGAGUCAACUCGGUCGCUCUAUCCGAGUCGCUCCAGAUCUCCCACGACCACGCCCGACUCGUCCUCGACACACUCGCUUCCGUCCUCCACUCCGACUCCGACCCGCUCGUCCGCUCCAAACUCGCCGAGAUUGACUCCGCCGGCGCCGAUAUCCACGAUCUGGUUCUGUUCCUCUACAUCCAGUCCUACAAGAAGCUUCUCCCGAGGACGCACAAGGACUCCGCUUCCGUCGCCGAUGUUUGGCCCUCCACCUCCGCCUUCGAUGGCUACUUGUCAGCCCUCUCUCCUCUCCAGCUUGUACGUAGCAACAGUCGUCGGUUUAUGCCAUCGCAGACUGAUGAAGAGGCUCAUCAGUUGUCAUAUCUACAAAAGCACUUGGCUAACAUUCUCUCUCUCUUAGCGGAGCCUGUGGAAGGGGAAGGGGAAGGCGAAGAAUCUUUGGUUUUGACCAUGGAAAGAUUCGAGCACCUUGGAUUUUUGAUUCAAUUUGGUGACAAGGGAUCUGAAGGAAUUCCAUUGAGCCAGUAUGCUCCAUUUUUUGCAAAUUCAGAUCCGGACAUGCCUGCUGUACCUGUUCCUGCGACACAAGUUCAUGAUUGGAUUCUGCAGAAUAUAGCUUCUGCUUUGGAACAUAUUUCUGAAAGAGCUGCUCCGAAAGAAAAUGGCCCACCAAGUGCCUCUGAUCAGGACGUAGCUAUGGCCGAUGCCUGUCCAACUUCAGUCAAGGCCUCACCAAGUGCUAGAGGUCCUAGUUUUAUUGAAGGGAUUUCUAAAUCAUCACUUGUAAAGCAAGCAUCCGAUCUUAAAGGUCCUUCUGUAAAGGUCCUAAAUUGUCAUGAUUCUGUAAUUUACCUUUUAGCACCUCUGAGAUAUGCCACCAUUUAUGGAUGCUCUGAUGCUACUAUAGUUGUUGGAGCAGUUGGCAAGGCUAUAAGAGUUGAACACUGUGAACGAGUUCAUGUGAUUACUGCCGCAAAGCGAAUCUGCAUUGCGAACUGCCGUGAAUGCGCUUUCUUUCUGGGGGUAAACCAGCGACCACUUAUUGUUGGUGAUAACCAUAAGCUUCAGGUGGCACCAUACAAUACAUUUUACUCUCAGCUGGAAGAGCACAUGAAUGAAGUUGGUGUUGAGGCUACAAUCAAUAGAUGGGAUGAACCUCUUGCACUAGGAGUGGUUGAUCCACAUGAUUCAUUAUCUCAUCCUGCAGGUGUGUCUGAUGUGCAAGCUGAGACCGCUACACGCCUGGAACCUGACCAGUUGACCAAUUUUUUGAUUCCAGACUGGUUUGGAGGUGAAUCAUCUGGGUCUACAAAAGACAACCCAUUUCCAUUACCAGAUAUUUAUUUGGCAUCUCAGCAGAGAAAUCAAAAGAAUUUAGGGGAGGUAAAACAACUAUUGAGGGAAGCACCCCUUGAAGAAAAUCGAAAACGAGAGUUAUCGUCGGCUCUCCAUGUAUAUUUCAAAGACUGGUUAUAUGCAUCUGGAAACAUCCGUCAGCUUUACUGUCUACAGGGUGACUGAUAUAGUAUGAUGAUGCUGUGGCACGAUUAAGGAUGGUACAGAAGUUCGAUCUCUAGUUUUCAUUUCAACCCUCACCAAGUUCCUUUUGCAUUUCUGGUGGUACCAUUGGCAGCUGAGAAUCAACCCUAUGUACUCCAGAAUGGUACAGCUACAUUUGCGUUGACACUGGUGCACAGAAUGGAAUUCAAGAUACAUUUUCUAAUCUCAUUGUAAUAUUUAUUUUUGAAAAAAGAAAAUCUUACUGUAAUAUUUUGUUAACUUAGGUUCACAGCUUUGCGAUUCUUUUUUGUUCCCCUUGUUUAGCAUGCUGAGUUUCUCUAGGGGUAUUAUAAAGCUUUUGCCUAUUUGUUA